AUGUCAGUAUCGGAAUCGGAUAGUUUAGGGCGGGUCAAGACCUGCGAGCACUGUGUUCGAGCUAAAAUUAGGUGCUCGCGUGCGUCUCCUGCCCAAAGCUGCGAUCGGUGUCUACGUUUGCAUAAAGAUUGUUAUUUCCGCCCAACAAAGGCUCGUAAUCCCAGGAAGCGGGCAACUCGAAUAGGCGUGCUUGAAGACAAAGUGGAUCAAAUUCUGGGUCAAAUAAAUCAUGGACCUCUCGCGAGCCCGCAAAAGACGCCGCCGUCUCCACAAAGCCAGAGCUCCGACCCUAAUAGUAGUCGACAUCCGUGCGAUGUGAUCGGGAAGGGAUUAAUCACCCACGAUGAAGCAAAUCGCCUGCUAGACAGAUUUCACGAUACAACGCCCUACUUUCCUUAUGUGCAGCUUCCAAGAGAGAUCACGAGCCAGGAUCUCAGAUCGGAGAAACCGUUCCUUCUGCUUUCUAUUCUAUUAGUCUCCUCGUUUCAGGAUGUCCCACUCCAUCUGGCUCUCGAGGAAGUUUCCGUCGCUUACCUUGGGGGUCCGGUUUUACGAGGAGAGCACCCACAGCCUCUCGAUUUGUUGCAAGGGUUGCUUGUUACGAUAGCAGGGUAUGCUCAUGUCCCACACAAGGUGCCUGUGUCUUGA